GGCAGGGAUGGUUUGCCCGGCCCCCCAGGGCCGCCGGGGCCCAAGGUAGGUGAUGUGGUGGAGGGCAGCCUGAUGGGCUUCCCGGGCGAGCGUGGCCCCGCCGGACCCAAGGGAGCAAAGGGUGAGGGUGGCCCGCGGGGCGAGCGAGGGGAGCCCGGUGAGAAGGGCAGGGAUGGUGCCCCGACGGAGCUCUCCCCCCGGCAGGGCUCCAAGGGUGACCGAGGCUUGCCGGGUCCCAAGGGCGAGAAGGGGGAGCCGGGAGGAUUUGGGGAGCGAGGAGAUCCUGGGGAAGACGGUGACAUCGGCUUGCCAGGACUACCAGGACCCCCAGGCUUAGCAGGCAUCGCUGGGACGCCAGGACAGCCGGGCCUGAGAGGGGACAAUGGGCAGCCUGGCCCGCCAGGUCCCCCAGGAGAGAGGGUAAAGGCUACGGCCAGCACUUGGCCUCACUGGUCCCGGUGA